AUGGCGCCGGCGCCGCCGCUCGAGCCCGCCGCGCAAGCGGCGCACGGAGUCGUGGCGGCAGGGGAGCCGGGGGCAGCGGCGGCGAGCGCGGCGGCGGCGGGCGGCGCGGCGGCGGCGGGCGCGGCGCUGCCCAGUGCAGAGGUGGAGGACGCGGUGCGGCGGCAGCAGAUUUACGACGCCGUCUGCGCGGGGCGGCUGGAGGAGGCGCUGCAGCAGGUCGACCAACACUACGGACUGCCCGCCCUCGACGCCUCCCCCGGACUGUCCUUCCGCCUGAAAGUCCAGCGAUUCUUGGAGCUCGUCCGUGCCCGCGCGCCGCCGCAGUCCAUUCUCGAGUACGGGCGCGCGCAGCUGGCACCCGCCGCGGCGGGGCCGGAAGACGAGGAGUUGCUGAGCGACGCCGUGUCCCUUCUGGCGUAUGCGGAGCCCGAGGCCAGCCCCUGUGGCACGCUGCUCUUGCCGGGCGCGAGGGCGGAGCUGGGGGAUCGUCUGAACGGCGCCCUGCUGGCGGCGCGCGGCCGCCCGCUCGCGCCCGCGCUGGAGCGGCUGUACAGGCAGGCCGCCGUCACCCUAGAUGAGCUACGGCGCGCCCACGAGCCGCGGGCGCUGGUGCUCGACCUGCACACCGCGUGCAUGGGGAGGUGA